UUGGGAAGUACAGAGAACAUAGAGGCGAGAAGGGUUGAUAUCGUCUGGGAUCUUUACUCUGAUAUGUCUCUCAAGAAGCAGGUUCGGGAUGAUAGAGGCCAAGGAAUACGUCGUCAAGUACAUGACAACUACAAAUUGCCAAGCAAUUGGUCAAACUUUCUUAAGAAUACUUACAACAAGGAAGAACUAUAUAAGCUACUCGGAUGCUAUGCCCUUCAGGGGAACCUCGGUAUACAUAUAGUGACUAACAUCGGUACGACAAUCAAAUCAUCAGUACCAACGAACACGCUGUUGACAGGGCUUAAUGUUACUUGCGAGGAGGCUGAUAGCCGCAUUAUUCUGCAUGCCAAGGACACGUUGAUGAAUGGAGCAACAAACAUAACACAUACUGUUGAUUCCGACGUGCUCAUAAUUGACAUAUCCUACUACUUUUCCCUUAAGCGGUUAGGUCUCAAAGAGUUGUGGUUAUCUUUUGGUACUGGAAAUCAUCACAGUUAUAUAGCUGCGCAUGAUUUGGCACAUCAUCUGGGUGAAGAAAGAGUAGAAGAUAUGAGAGGGUACCAUGCAUUCACAGGUUCUGACACCGUUUCUGCGUUCUACUCAAAAGGGAAAACACUGACCUGGAAGGUAUGGCAGCAGUUUAUUGAUGCCACAUCAGCUUUUAAAGCUCUUACUAAUCCGUUAAAUGAACUUACAGAUGAUAUACUGAUUAGCUUGGAAAAUGUAAUAGACCGUGAAGCACACGUCGAAGACGAUAUAGAACUGGAUUCAGAGGUAUUGGAGGCUGAGGGCUAG